AGUUACAAAAACAGCAACAGCAACAGAAACGGGAACAGUUACAGAAACGGGAACAGUUAAAGAAAUGGGAACGGGAACGGAAAGCGAAGAGCGCAACCAGCGUCAAAAUUAACGAAAUUGGAAAAGUUCUUUUGAAUCCUUCACUUUUCGGCACACAAAAUUGGAUUGCAUUAAGGGUACUCACGGCAUUCGUUGGAAAUGGCAAUCUGUAUGCCAUAUAUGGAAAUGAACAAGUUCUUCGGAAUAACUUCAGUUUUCGGAACACAAAGGGAUUAUUUCCGGGGAAAUGUUCAGUCCGUGUGACGCUCUCGCUGCUGCUGCUGCUGCUACUCCAGGCGCCAACGCAACUUGCCCAGCACCACAGCCCGAUCCCGAGCCCCAUCCCGAUCCCCUCCAGCUCUGACGCCAUGGCGAACGCUGAGGCAAACAAUGUGGCCGAGUUCUCGCGCCGGCUGGCCAACUUCUCCGUGAACAUGUACGGCAAACUGAUCGCACUGAAGCCCAACACGAACGUCGUCUUCUCGCCGUUCUCCAUACAGACUUGCGCGGCGAUGGCCCGCCUGGGCGCCGUGGGCGACACAGCCGACGAGCUGGACCGUGGCCUUGGCCUGGUGUCCAGCGAUGUUGGCAAAAUCGCCGAGAGCUUUCAUCAGGUGCUGGCCGCGUACGAGAAGAGCUCCAUUCUGCGCAUUGCCAACAAGCUGUACGUGAUGAAGGAUUACGAGCUGGCCGACGAAUACAAUUCCCUGCUGGCCAAACAGUUUCUCUCGGCCGCCGAGAAUGUGGACUUUGCGCUCAGCGCCCAGGCGGCGGGCACCAUCAACACGUGGGUGGAGCAGCAAACGAACAGCCUGAUCAAGGAUCUUGUGCCGGCUUCACUCUUGGAUGAACGUACGCGUCUGGUGCUGAUCAAUGCGAUACACUUCAAGGGCAACUGGGUGCAUCAGUUUCCGGUGCAUGCGACACGCAACGAACGCUUCCAUUUGAACGAGGUGGACGGCGUGGAUGUGCCCAUGAUGAAUCUAAAGGAACGCUUCCGCUAUGCCAAUCUGCCCGAACUGGAUGCCGCUGCGCUGGAGCUGCCCUACAAGGACUCGGAUCUGUCCAUGCUGAUUGUGUUGCCCAACAGCAAAACGGGCCUGGCACAGCUGGAGCAGAAGCUGCACAGCACGCCGCUGGCACAGAUCACGGAUAAGCUGUACAGCAGCCAGGUGAUCGUCAAGCUGCCCAAGUUCAAGGCCGAGUUCCAGGCGGAGCUGACGCCCGUCUUCCAGCAGCUGGGCAUGUCGCGUCUGUUCUCGGAUAACGCCAACUUCUCCAAGAUGCUGAAGUCGCCCGAGUCGCUAAAGGUGUCGGCCAUCGUGCACAAGGCCUUCAUCGAUGUCAACGAGCUGGGCACGGAGGCGGCUGCAGCCACGGCCGCCGUCGUGCGCAUGAAAAGGAGCCUCAUCUCGCUCGAGCAGCCGCUCCAGUUCCAUGCCGAUCAUCCAUUCAUCUAUGUGCUCGCCCAUGGGCAGCAUCUGCCGCUCUUCAUGGGCGCCGUCGUGCGGCUCGAGGGGGCAGCCACACGAGUCGAGGCACACGACGAGCUUUAGUAACAACAUUUUUAGCACUUUUUACAGAGUAUUCCUCUUCUUAAGUAAUAAAAGGCAGACUUUUGUAUAUGUAUAAGUAUUUAUGUGACGUUGGUUAUGGAAUUGCUUUUCAGUUUUGGCCUUCAUUUGUGUUUCAUGAUUCAUUGUUGACUCGACUAACUAAUACCCUGCAUUUGGUCUCGUUUCCUUAUCUUCUAA